AUGGACGGCAAAAGACACCCAAGUUCGUUCCAGCAGCUGGAGAAGCUCGGAGAGGGCACAUAUGCGACUGUGUUCAAAGGCAGGAAUCGCCAGACUGGCGAGCUUGUUGCGUUGAAGGAGAUCCAUCUCGACUCCGAAGAGGGAACGCCAUCAACCGCUAUCCGAGAAAUCUCUCUCAUGAAGGAGCUCAAACACGAGAAUAUCGUUGGACUUCACGAUGUUAUCCACACCGAGAACAAAUUGAUGCUCGUCUUCGAGUACAUGGAUGGCGAUCUGAAGAGAUACAUGGAUACCCACGGCGAACGCGGCGCGCUGAAGCCCACUACGAUCAAAUCUUUCAUGUACCAGCUCCUCAAGGGAAUCGACUUUUGCCAUCAGAAUCGGGUGCUGCACCGAGAUCUCAAGCCGCAAAACUUGCUCAUUAAUAGCAAGGGGUGUUUGAAGCUGGGUGAUUUUGGUCUUGCUCGUGCCUUUGGCAUCCCCGUCAACACCUUCUCCAACGAAGUCGUCACCCUGUGGUACCGUGCGCCGGAUGUGUUGCUCGGCAGUAGGACAUAUAACACGAGCAUCGACAUCUGGUCAGCUGGAUGCAUCAUGGCUGAAAUGUACACGGGAAGACCGUUAUUCCCCGGUACGACAAACGAGGACCAGAUUGUCAGGAUAUUCCGCAUCAUGGGCACUCCCACGGAGCGUACGUGGCCUGGAAUCACGCAGCUGCCAGAGUACAAGCCCACGUUCCACAUGUACGCUACUCAAGAUUUGCGGAGCAUUCUUCACGCCAUUGAUCCCACCGGCAUCGAUUUGAUUCAACGCAUGCUCCAGGUUCGGCCGGAGCUUCGCAUCAGCGCUCACGAUGCUCUGCAGCACCCGUGGUUCAACGACAUUGUCCUUCAACAGCAGCAGCAACAGCAGCAAGCUGCUCUCCAGGCGCAGGCGCGGAGCUUCCAGCAGGCGGUGCCGUCCCAGGGCUUCGACAACAAUUAUUAG